GAAAAUCUCGUUUCGUCUCAUACAGUCUGAGUGGACUUGGUGCAUCAGUGGAGAAAGGGAGAGGAGAUAUUGGGCACAGGUCCUUUGUCCUUCAUUCCUAGCGCUUUUACCUGCUCAAUUGGCAUCUCGAUUUCUUUAGGACUUCAGACUUGUCCUGAAACAAGCCAUUUCCCCUCCCAAAGCAGAUCUUUGCAUCCAUUAUUGCAGUGAUAACGGUUUAUCAAAGGGAAUAGAGCAUAACGAAGAUGUCUGGCUAUCAGGGCAAGAAGAAUAUUCCACGCAUAACCAGUGACCGCCUUCUGAUUAAAGGGGCUAAGAUUGUGAACGAUGAUCAGUCGUUCUGUGCCGACAUCUAUAUGGAGGAUGGCUUGAUCAAACAAAUUGGAGAAAAUCUGAUAGUACCUGGUGGUGUGAAAACCAUUGAUGCUCAUGGGCGCAUGGUGAUGCCAGGUGGCAUUGAUGUGCAUACACGCUUCCAGAUGCCCGACAGGGGCAUGACUGCAGCUGAUGACUUCUACCAAGGCACUCGUGCCGCCCUGGCUGGCGGAACCACCAUGAUCAUUGACCACGUGGUGCCUGAACCCGGGAUGGGUCUGAUCUCUGCGUUCAAUCAGUGGCGUGAAUGGGCAGACAGCAAAGCAUGCUGUGAUUACUCCCUUCACGUGGACAUCACCGAAUGGCAUAAGGGCAUCCAGGAGGAGAUGGAGGCACUCGUCAAAGACCAUGGAAUUAACUCUUUCCUUGUCUACCUGGCUUACAAAGAUGUCUUUCAGCUCACUGAUUCCCAGAUCUAUGAAGUGUUAAGUGUCAUUCGGGAUCUUGGGGCCAUUGCUCAGGUUCAUGCUGAGAAUGGAGAUAUCAUAGCCGAGGAACAGGGCAGGAUCCUUGAGUUGGGUAUCACUGGACCAGAGGGACAUGUCCUCAGCCGGCCAGAAGAGGUGGAGGCGGAGGCAGUAAACCGUUCUGUAACAGUGGCCAAUCAGACCAACUGUCCUCUUUACAUCACCAAGGUGAUGAGCAAGAGUGCCGCUGAUGUCAUCGCCCAGGCCAGGAAGAAAGGUACCGUUGUGUAUGGAGAGCCAAUCACAGCAAGUCUUGGCACAGACGGAUCACACUACUGGAGCAAGAACUGGGCCAAGGCUGCCGCCUACGUCACGUCCCCGCCCUUGAGUCCAGAUCCAACCACACCGGACUAUCUAAACUCACUGCUGUCUUGUGGGGAUCUGCAGGUUACAGGAAGUGCUCACUGUACCUUUAACACUGCCCAGAGAGCUGUGGGUAAAGAUGAUUUCACCCUCAUCCCUGAAGGAACCAAUGGCACCGAGGAAAGAAUGUCCAUCAUCUGGGACAAAUGUGUGGUAACUGGAAAAAUGGACGAAAAUCAGUUUGUGGCCGUCACCAGCACCAACGCAGCUAAGAUAUUCAACUUGUACCCACGCAAGGGUCGCAUUGCCGUGGGCUCAGAUGCUGACCUGGUGCUUUGGGAUCCUGAUGUUACAAAGAUUAUAUCAGCAAAGAGCCACAAUCUGGCUGUGGAGUACAACAUCUUUGAGGGCACAGAAGUGCGUGGGGCACCCCUGGUGGUCAUCAGCCAGGGAAAGAUCGUUCUGGAGGAUGGGAACCUCCAUACCACUGAGGGAUGUGGACGCUACGUGCCUCGUAAACCUUUCCCUGACCACGUCUACAAGAGGAUAAAGGCUCGCAGUAGGCUUGCUGAAUUGAGGGGUGUCCCCAGAGGUCUCUAUGAUGGGCCGGUCUGUGAGGUCUCGGUGACGCCCAAAGCUGGGACCCCUGCUUCCUCUGCCAAAACCUCUCCGGCCAAGCAGGCCGGUCAACCUGUCCGCAACCUGCAUCAUUCCGGCUUUAGCCUCUCUGGUGCUCAGGUUGACGACAACAUCCCUCGUCGCAACACCCAACGCAUCGUUGCGCCCCCUGGUGGCAGAGCCAACAUUACCAGCCUGGGCUAGAGCUCCCUUCAGUCAACAGCAGAAUAGGGGGUUGGGAUGUCUAUAAACCGAGGUGUUUGCUCAGAUCACAAAUGCCAAACCCUCUAAAGGGCCUAUGAUUCUCCACUCCCUAGUCUCCCAACCCCUUACCUCUUGCCCCAGUACCCCUGUUUUCUUCCCCGAACCUACACCACUUCCUAGAGGAGACAUCUUGAGAAAAAAGCAUUUGCCUCAUGUGAAGAGAAGUAAAAAUGUAACAACCACAUUUGAGCACUUCUGAUUGUAUGAUUUUUAUACUGUACUUUUUACCCACCAUAAGUCAUGUUAUUAUUUUUGUAUUUAACUUUAUUUCUUUUUAAAUCAGAGGGAUCAAGUGAGUGUUAUAGAAAGCUGUUGUUUAUCAUUGUUACUUUAUUAAUAAGGCAAGCGGGAUAGUGUACUGGGUUUCUCAUUUCAUUGUUUGAGGCUAAAAGUGUACUAAAGGGAUAGUGAAUAUAAAAUGUACAUUCUGUCAUCAUUUACUCACCCUCAUGAUGUUCCAAACCUCUAUGACUUUAUUUCUUCUGUGAAAUAAAAAAGAUGUCAGUCAUCAGGUGUUGGCUGUUGGUUACUGUAAUCUAAUUACAAAAAAGUAGUUUAACACAUCUUGUAAUUAGAUUAUAGUUUCUACAUCUCAGUUAAUGUCAUUUAGGUAAUUACUUUUAAGGACAUUACACAUAACUCAACUCAAUGUAUAAUACAUUUAACAUAUGAAUUCAAAUUAUCAUAUGUACGUCUGUUUGUGUUUCUGUGACAGCUGAAAGGUGUAUGACAAUGAACAAGGAGGUGGACAUUAUUUUGAAUUUGUUGAGCGAAUUAACGAUUGUUUCAGUAAAAAGUGCUUUAGAAAGUAACUUAAAAGUUAAGAGAUUUGUAAUUGUGAUUACCUUUCAAUGAAGUAAAGUAACCUGAUUACAAUAUUGAAAUAUAAAUAGUAAUUUGUAGUGGAUUACUUUUUUGAGUAACUUGCCCAACACUGAUCACAAUUCACUAUAAUUGUAUGGGACAAAAUGCAAUGAAAGUGAGUGGUGAGUAAGAUUGAACAUGUGUUGUCAUACACCUUGUUUUGCUUUCCAAUUGGAGAAAGAAAGCCAUAUGGGUUUUGAACAAUAUGAGGAUGAAUAAAUGAUGACAGAAUUUUCAUUUUUGGUUUAACUAUCCCUUUAAAACAUGUAGGAAUAUCAUUAUUCUUAAGAAUGUCUCAUUACGUUUUAACAGUCAGUACAUUUAGACCAACAUUCACAGCUGACCGUAUUCACAUUCACAGCUGACAUGACAUUCAAUAUGAUAAUAUCUGUACGCAGUUAAUAAAAUAAAUAUUUUCCAGUGGUUAACCCGCAAGACUUGGUAAUUGAAAUCCAAAAGUUGUUUCACAACCAGAGAUAUUUAUGCUUGGCACUUUUAAUGUUAAUGAAGACGAAACCGCAUGUAAAAACAAGCAGUGAGCUAAGCUGGAGAAAACAUGACUGCAAGUGAUAGUUGAAUGCAACUGUUUUGGCCCCAAGUCCUAUUUCGAAGGGAAUUCAAUAAUAAUAUAAAAAGUUGUAUUUUUUAUUUUAAUUUUUUAAGCUGCUUUAAAUUGGUAGUGGUAAAAAUAGCGAACUGUUAAGCCACUGUGAGAGGGUACUGGAAACUGAUGACCUCGUGUAAGGAUACACUUCUGGGAGCUUUCUGGGCAUAUUCGCAGCAGGUGCAGUACAUGCAAGGCAUAAGUGACAGCUAGAGAAAUUGCAACAAAGUGACAAGUAUAGGUCAAGUAUAAAGAUGAGGUCACACAAGGCUUUGAACAUGCAAAUUUACUUUUGUUUUUUAGUUAAUAACAAAUAAAAUAAUAAUAAAUUCAGAAUGUUAAAAUAUACAACCUUCUCCACUUUGCCACAAUACUGCAAACCAUGCAGCUUUGAAGCACAUAGUCUAGUAUAACCACACCUUAAAGGGAUAGUUCACCCAAAAUUGAACAUUCUGUCAUCAUUUUCUCACCCUUGUGCCAUCCCAGAUGUGUAUGACUUUCUAUCUUCUGCAUUUUUUUAGAAGAAUAUCUCAGCACUGUGGGUCAUGGUGACCAGACCUAUGAAGCUCAAAAAAUCAUAUAAAGGCCACAUGAAAGUAAUCUAUAUGGCUCCAGUGGUUAAAUCCAUUUCUUCAGAAGUGAUAUGAUAAGUGUGUGUGAGAAACAGAUCAAUAUGUAAGUCCUUUUUAACCAUACAUCUCCACAUUCACUUUCAAAAUGUGAAAGAAAGUGAAGAUUUCUAGUAAAAAGGAAUUAAAUAUCCACCUUUAUCUCACCCAUAAUUCUAUCACUUUUGAAGAAAUGGAUUUAACCACUGGAGUCUUAUGGAUUACAUUUAUGCUGACUUUAUCUGCUUUUUAGACUUUCAAAGGUCUGGUCACCAUUCACUUGCAUUGCAUGGACCAAAAGAGCUAAAAUAUACUUCUAAAAAUCUUUGUUUGCUUUUUUUGUGUUCUACAGAAGAAAGAAAGUCAUAUCCAUCUGGGAUGAUAUGAGAGUGAGUGAAUGGUGACAGGAUUUAAUUUUAAUCACUUUAAGAUUGAAGAAGAACUCUCUUUCUUGGUGGUACGCCACUAAUGAAGAACAUAAAUAAUGGCGUGACACUGUGAUAUUAGUAACAAUUUCCUAAGGUUUGUGAGCCAAAACCUAGUCAGUGCUGUAGGCCUGGUUGCUGUACACUGCAAAUAUGCCAUGUUAAAAGUCCUUCAGCCGAGAUUUUACACAGUAUUAAGUGACUAUGCUGUUACUUUCUAUUUUAACAAACGUGAUUUCACAGAAAUUAAUGUCUUCUUUUUUGUAUGCUUAAAUCCAAGCUGUGCCUGAGAUGUAUUAAUCACUUUGAGUACUCUUACAUACAGUAAGCUUGUUCAUGUUUUUAGUUGAAAAACUUAAAGGCUGUUAAAUGUAAAAUAGCCAGUUAACCGAUACAAAGGUGCCAGAAUUUUCUCUUAACUCCUUUUCAUAAUGCUUUUACAAGACUUGCUUUUCUGAGUUGUCACAUUGCCAUUCCUAAUGUCCAUGCAAUGUCUAUUUUGUGCCGUAAUUAAAUGCUUAACAUUGUCAAAAAAUAAAUAAAAUACAGGAAGUUUGACCAUGUUCAACAAUU